UUCAUAAGUGAGAGAGAGAGAGAGAGAGAGAGAGAGAGAGAGAGAGAGAGAGAGAGAGAGAGAGAGAGACAUGGACGGAGGGGGGUUCACGUCGGAGCUGAUGGCCGAUUACGACGACCCAGCAACGAUGGAGCUGGGACAUGCAGGGGACACACGUUACAAGGAGCGUCGUGACGGUCGACAUGCAUACGGGGGGUCAGAAGAGUGCGUGGACAGCCAUGCCGACCAAUACAGGUCGGUACACCGUGGUGGAGGGCGAAGUUGGUGUCAAACACAGUUUGACGUUGUCGAACACGGAGUGCAGCCUCAGUCACGGUACACACCAUCGGGUCCGGGAGGUGGUUGUCAUGUAUCAGGUCCGGGUGGCGAUCAUGGAGGAUCGUCUGACGUGGAUGCACUUUCGUAUUGCAGGAUGCAGGAAGCUGGCGACCUGUCUCGCCCGGGAUUCUUGCCUGUGUUCGGCUUGUGGGGACGUGGCGACGGGCAGGAGGGUCAUGCACGAGCUUGGCGUGGAGCGCAGAACGAGAAUCAGCCGGCAUCUCCAUUUGGCAUGCAACUGAGACUGGGAACCACGGGGCAGCAGCGUCCGCCAUCACCGACUGCCAACUGGAAUGUGAAUGACGUCACUGACGUGGGUUCUCGUCAAAGGCUGAUGAAUAGUCUUAGCCGAUCAUCGUCCUCUCCACCGGUGCAUCGGCCGACAGUCGCAGAUGGUCUGCAGUCUGCAGGCAGCAUGCAAGUGGGAGUCGGUCAUGGAACGUCCGCGGGGUGGCGGGCAGGGCACGACGCACCGGGAUCCACAGUGGGUGGUGGGAGAUGUGACUUCCCGGCAGAAGAAACAAGGCAGCCUUGUAGUAAGGUUCAUACAUCUGACGACCGGCGCAGCAGUCCGGUUGUCGACCGACCUCAAAAGGAGACAGAAUCUUCGACGAGAAAGAGACGUGGCAGUGAUGCGACGCCCACAUCCAGUCUCGCACAAGCGGGGGCCGCCCCGUCGACGGCAGAAAACAGCCAAGGAGGGAGGGGUGGCCAGUCCAGACGGGCUUCCCAACCAGAGGGCACGACGAAGAAACAUGUGCCUUGGUCGUUGGAGGAGCGUGUCAUGCUGGCGAGGAUCUGCGGCGAGGACGAUGCUCUCAUGGCUGAUGCGAGCGGUGUGCAUAAGCACAAGACGAAGCAGGGGCGAUUCCAGUGGAUCUCCGACCGCAUGCGUGACGAGAACUUCUUUAGGACAUCGGAAGAGUGCAGGAAGAAAUGGAACUCUAUGAGGGACACGGUUGCUUUGAUCAGGGACAAGUGUGAAAGAUCGGGUUCGGCCGGGUAUUUCAACAUGACGACGGAGGAGCGAAAGGAAAGGGAGGUGUGCUCGGCGUUUGAACGGCCUUUGUGGGAUGCUAUGGAGUGGUGGCGCCUGAAGGCGUCCACCACAUGUGACAACACCUUAGCGUCUGAGGAGCUCGGGGGAAGUGGUUCUGGGAAGGCUUGCGGGGGGGGAUCGGAAGGGGGAUGCAUGGAUGCAUCGGACGCCGGGACGAAGACACGCAGGACAUCCUCCGGUAGAGCACGCAGCGAGGCGACGGCAUCGAAUGUUGGAAUGAUGACAGCGAUGGAGGAUUCCACGACGAGGCUAUGUGAUGGAGUGGACAGAGCGUCAUCUGCGUUGGCACGUGCAACAACUGAAAGCACAGCGAUGGUUUCUUUCCGGAUGGGUGACAUGGCGGUCCAAAUCGGCGCUGUUGCCGGCGCCAUGCAGGAUGGGAACAUGGUCCUGCAAAGUCUCAUGGCAGUCAUGGCGGUGAGGUCAGCACCUUCCAUGCCGCGCGCAGCACCCCGGCGGUGGUGUGGAGACAGACCCUUCAUCCAAGUGAAUAGCGCGUCGUCCUUUCAUCGUCGGGGGGUGGGUGGGUGAAUUCAGCGCGGGUUAGGGGGUGUGUGUUUGUCAGGGGGUGGGUGGGUUUCUGCCUAAUGUGAACCCCAAACAACCCCCCACCCCCUAACCCUAAGUUUUUUGGGUUUUUUUUUUUCACAUUUUCUGUUGUCAGAGGGCCAUCGGAACCGAUGUCAGCAGCACCUGUGCGUGUGUGUGUAUCGACGUGGAUGGCGUGAAGCGCAUGGCCAGAAUCCGGAUGGGGGUGGGGAAAAAAACAAACCAAAAUAGAAUAA